AUGCCACUAUUCGACGUUCCAGGAUGGUCUGUCAAGUCUGACCCAGUACCAGAAGCCAACUCGUCCUCUCGGAAGCGGAAAAGAACAUCCGAAGAUUCCGAAAAAAUGCUCGCCGCCGAGGCCAACUUGGGCAAACUGAUGAGCAGACUCAAGGGGAAUUCAUCAAGCCAGCGCGUCAAGGGGCCGAAGUCUGCUGACAGAUCGAGCAAGGCGUCGUCUAGAAAGUCUAAAAUUGACGCGCAUGAGGAGAAAAAGAAAACUAUCUCUCUUCCGCGGCCGUUGAAGGCCGUUGAUUCAAGACAGUCGUUGGAUCGACCGACUAAGAAAGUAAAGACGAAGCAUAGACUAGCUGCUGAUGUCGAGGAGGAGAAAAAACCCGAUGGUCUCACCAAUCUACAGAAAGAAAUGAAGGAGAGUUUGAAUGGCGCGCGGUUCAGGAUGAUAAAUGAAACGCUGUACAAGUCAAAUAGCUCUGAAGCAUUCUCGAUGAUGCAAGAGGACAAAAAUGUAUUUGAAGAAUAUCAUACUGGUUUCCGUCACCAAGUCCAAUCCUGGCCGACUAAUCCCGUGGAGACUUAUAUCACUGCGCUGUCGGACUAUCCCCCGAAGACCGUCAUUGCAGAUCUGGGUUGCGGAGAUGCCGCCGUUGCUCGCGCUCUCUUGCCGAAAGGAUUUACCGUCUUAUCUUUCGACCUCGUCUCGACAAAUGCGUUCGUUGUCGAGGCGGAUAUUUGCAACAAACUUCCCUUACCUGGUUCUGAGCCACUUCACGAUAAGGGAGAUGGCGAAGGCCACACCGUUGAUGUCGUAGUCUGCGCACUGAGUCUAAUGGGAGUUAACUGGCCUAACUGUAUAAGAGAGGCGUGGAGAGUUUUGAGACCCAAUGGCGAACUCAAAGUUGCCGAAGUUGCCAGUCGCUUCGGGGAUGACAAGCAAUUUAUUUCUCUUAUCACCUCGAUAGGGUUUCGACUUAGCUCCAAGGAUGCUGGCAAUACCCAUUUUACCACGUUCGAGUUCAAGAAGGUGCCUAGGAAGCCGAAAACCGACAAGGAGUGGACGAGUAUUCUCUCGAAAGGCGAUAUUCUUAAGCCGUGUGAAUACAAGCGAAGAUGA